UGUACGGUCGCUGGCAGACGUUUCUGCCUUCCGGUCUCCCUCUCUUGGUUUUCAAGCCCUGACUCCUCUUAUCAGGCACUUUGACCGGGACGUGUGCCCCUGGGAAUACGUGCUGCUCGUUUAAUGUUAAAGGUUGAUAUCGUCCAAAAACAAAAAACAAAAAAAAAAACAAACAAACAGAAAAAUCAGCUGGAUGCUACUCGGCUAGCGAGCGCUAGCCGAGCAGCCUCUGCGGGGAUCGAGUCGGCGAAGCAGGACUGGGAGAGGAUGGGUCGCUGCCUGUGAUCAGAGAGGAUGAGGAGUCGCAGUAACUCUGGAGUGCGCCUGGACGGCUAUGCCAGGCUGGUCCAAGAGACUAUCCUGUGCCAUCAGAGCCCUGUGACAGGACUUCUUCCUGCCAGUGCACAGAAGAAGGAUGCCUGGGUCAGGGAUAAUGUUUACAGUGUCCUGGCUGUGUGGGGGCUGGGUAUGGCCUACCGGAAGAAUGCGGACCGCGAUGAAGACAAGGCCAAGGCUUACGAACUGGAGCAGAAUGUUGUGAAGCUGAUGCAGGGGCUUCUCCAGUGCAUGAUGAGACAGGUUGCCAAGGUGGAGAAGUUCAAACACACCCAGAGUACAAAGGAUUGCUUGCAUGCCAAAUACCAUACUCCCACUUGUGCCACAGUGGUCGGGGAUGAUCAGUGGGGUCAUCUCCAGGUGGAUGCCACCUCGAUUUACCUGCUGAUGCUGGCGCAGAUGACUGCCUCAGGUCUUCGUAUCAUUUCAAACUUGGAUGAGGUAGCCUUCAUACAGAACUUGGUCUUCUACAUAGAAGCUGCCUACAAAGUGGCGGACUAUGGGAUGUGGGAACGAGGUGACAAGACUAACCAGGGCAUCCCUGAGCUCAAUGCCAGCUCUGUAGGAAUGGCAAAGGCAGCGCUUGAGGCUAUAGAUGAGCUGGAUCUGUUUGGUGCUCACGGUGGGCCGAAGUCAGUCAUCCAUGUCCUGCCUGAUGAAGUUGAACACUGUCAGUCCAUCCUGUGCUCCAUGCUGCCAAGAGCUUCCACUUCAAAGGAGAUAGAUGCCGGUCUUCUGUCCGUCAUUUCUUUCCCUGCGUUUGCUGUGGAGGAUGCUGACCUGGUGGCUGUAACAAAGUCGGAGAUCAUAAGCAAACUACAGGGUCGCUAUGGCUGCUGUCGCUUUAUCAGGGAUGGAUAUUGUUGUCCUAAAGAGGAUCCAUCUCGGCUGCACUACGAUCCUGCUGAGCUCAAGCUAUUUGAAAAUAUUGAGUGUGAGUGGCCUGUAUUCUGGACUUACCUCAUCCUGGAUGGUAUUUUUUUUAGUGAUCAAGUUCAGGUGCAAGAGUACCGUGAGGCACUGGAGGGUGUUUUAAUCAGAGGGAAGAAUGGCAUUAAGUUGGUGCCUGAACUUUAUUCUGUUCCUCCUGACAAGGUGGAUGAAGAGUAUAGCAGUCCUCACUCAGUGGACAGGGUGGCCAUGGGGCAGCUGCCACACAUGUGGGGACAGUCACUCUACAUCUUGGGCUGUCUUCUGGCUGAGGGUUUUUUAGCACCGGGAGAGAUAGAUCCGCUCAACAGGAGAUUCUCUACAGACUUCAAGCCAGAUGUUGUGGUACAAGUUUGUGUUCUAGCAGAGUCAGAGGAGAUCAAGGAGUUGUUAAGAGAUCUGGGGAUCGAGGUACAGGCGAUGUCAGAAGUUCUGCCUAUCAGGGUCCUGCCUGCUCGCAUCCUGAGCCAUGUCUAUGUCAGACUGGGGAACUGCAAGAAGCUGAAUUUGAGUGGGCGGCCAUACAGACACAUUGGUGUCCUGGGAACAUCAAAAUUCUACGAGAUCAGAAAUCGCUCUUACGUGUUCACCCCUCAGUUUCUGGAUCAGCACCAUUUCUACCUGGCCCUGGACAACCAGAUGAUUGUGGAGAUGUUACGGACAGAGCUGGCCUAUCUCUCUUCUUGUUGGAGGAUGACAGGACGGCCCACACUCAUGUUCCCGAUCACCCGCAGCAUGCUGGAUGAAGAUGGAGAGACAAUUGAUUCAUGUAUCCUAUCAACUCUAAGGAAACUACAAGAUGGCUAUUUUGCUGGAGCGAGGGUCCAGAUGUCAGAUGUCUCCAGUGUGCAGACCACUUCGUUUCACACUCGUCUCAGCUUCCUGGAUGAAGAGAAUGAUGACAUCUUAGUUGAGGAUGAAGGAGAUAGUGACGGAUAUGGAGAGGAAUAUAACACCUGCGGUCCCUUGGAGGACUCAGAAGACAUAUUUGACCAGUACCUCACCCAGCUCCUUCACAGCACCGCUACCAAGAGCCAUCUUCCUCCCAUCAAAAGGGGGCAGCACCAUGUCUUCAGUCCAGAACACACCACAAGAGACAUCCUGUCUUUUAUGGCGCAGGUCCAGGGCCUGAACGUUCCCAAGUCUUCCAUGUAUCUGCCUGUGACUCCCGUCAAGAGCAAACAUCGCAAAUCUCUCAACCUUCUUGAUGUUCCUCAUCCUCAGCACGGCCCACAUGUGAAACAGCACAAGCCACACUCUGCUGCUGAUCUUCACCUGCCUCGAGACUCUCAGGGCAACACAGACUUUCCGGCAUUGGUGAGCCAACUAAAAGAAUGCCCAACUCUCCAGGACCAGGCUGACAUCCUCUACAUUCUCUACGUUAUGAAAGGAGCUGAUUGGCUGGUGGAGCUGUCAGGUCCUGGACAGGGUGGGGUCAGCGUGCAGUCACUACUGGAGGAGCUGUACGUAGAAGCCGGAGCCUGCAAAGAGUGGGGGCUCAUUAGGUACAUCUCUGGAAUACUGCGCAAGAGGGUGGAGGUCCUCGCUGAGGCCUGCACAGAUCUGAUUUCACAUCACAAGCAGCUGACUGUAGGUCUACCUCCUGAACCCAGGGAACGAGUCAUCACAGUCCCACUUCCUCCUGAGGAGUUAAACAACCUCAUCUAUGAAGCCAGCGGGCAGGACAUCAGUGUAGCUGUGCUCACUCAGGAGAUCAUGGUCUAUCUAGCCAUGUAUGUGCGCUCCCAGCCUGCUCUGUUUGGGGACAUGCUCAGACUCAGGAUAGGACUCAUCAUGCAAGUGAUGGCCACUGAGCUGGCUCGCAGCCUGCACUGUUCUGGGGAGGAGGCAUCGGAGAGUUUGAUGAGCCUGAGUCCAUUUGGCAUGAAGAACCUGCUGCAUCACAUCCUGAGUGGCAAAGAAUUUGGGGUGGAGAGAAGCAUGCGCCCGAUCCAGUCUGCAGCCACUAGUCCUGCCAUCUCCAUCCAUGAACUAGGUCACACAGGAGCUACAAAGACUGAACGCACAGGAAUACACAAGCUAAAGAGUGAGAUAAAACAGAUCUUCAGUGGCGGUUUUUCCUUGAGUAGCAAUGUUACAUCUCCUCGCUCUACGCGUUGCAGCAGCCCUUCCACCCCCAGUGGAAUGCUGUCCCCAGUGGGCACUGGUCCAGGAGAUGGCCAGCUGCACUGGGAGGAGAGGCAAGGCCAGUGGCUGAGGAGACGCAGGCUAGAUGGCGCUAUCAACAGAGUACCUAUGGGUUUCUACCAAAAGGUCUGGAAGAUCCUGCAGAAGUGCCAUGGCCUGUCCAUCGACGGAUAUGUGCUGCCCUCUUCUACCACAAGAGAGAUGACAGCAGGAGAGAUUAAGUUUGCAGUGCAGGUUGAAUCUGUCCUGAACCACGUCCCUCAGCCAGAGUACCGGCAGCUGCUAGUGGAGACUGUGAUGGUUCUGGGUUUGAUAUCUGACGUAGACGUGGACAACAUCGGCGGCAUCAUCCUCGUGGAUCGCGUCUUGCAUUUGGCCAAUGACCUUUUCCUCAGUGACCAGAAAUCCCACGGCGCCAGUGAGUAUUUCCUUGAGAAGGACCCAGCAACCGGAAUCUGCAACUUUUUCUAUGACAGCGCUCCUAGUGGUAGCUAUGGCACCAUGACCUAUCUCUCCAAAGCGGCAGUCACUUAUGUCCAGGACUUCCUGCCAAGUUCCAGCUGCCUAAUGCAGUGAAUAGGCAGACUGGUGUGUUUUACUAACAGAGUCUAAACACCUGAAGAGGCAUGUUUCAUAAAACUACUCAUAACCUCAUACAGUUCAUGUGGUGCUUGUAUGUAUAUUCUUUAAUAAACUGUGUGGCUCUCAUAAACUGAUGUAACAUCAUAGCCUUAGCUGCCAGUGCAAACCUCUGUAUUUAAAUUUAUUUUGUCUUUGUGAGUCUAGACCGUGAACUUAUUUAUUAUGUGACCAUGCUGCUCAGAUGUAUGUUUAUGAUACUUAAAAUCUUACACAAACAGUUGUCUGUCUUAUAAUUUAUCAUAUGUUACAGUUCUAUUAAGGUCCAGCAUUUAACAGAGUAAAUAUCUUUGAUUAUAUGUGCACUACUUAUUCCUCUCAAAUCAAAACCAUUUAUUAUUUAUUUUUAUGUAUUAACAUGAUAAUUUAUUGCUCUGCUGUAAUUACUGAUACAAUUUCCCACAUAUGUGGAAAAAGUAAAAUUUACAACUUAGCUUUUCACCCACGUGACCACAUGCACAACAGCACAAUUAUUUUAUAUUUUGAACUGUCAUAGUUUCCAGGUUCUUAAUAAUUUUGUGUCACGUUUUAAUGCUAACAUUAUUCUGUUUGGAGGUUUUUUUUGUUGCUUUAUCUGUGUUGUGUGGUUUGUGUAAUGAAUGAAAAUCAGUCCGUCUAUCUGCAAAUCAAUCCUACCCCGGGGUCAUGCUACGGAUAUGUCCAGUCAACUUUACCUCAACAUACUAAACGUUUGUUCAUUUAGUGUGAAAUAAAAGAAGAAAUAAUCAA